GUUUUUUUUCGUAUAAUUUUCAACAAAUCAAACAUAAUAUAUAUAUGAAAAACAAACAAGUAUACGUCAGGUCGGAGUACAUCACUACUAUAUAUGCACAAGGCUCGAUCGGAGAGUCUCGCAGUUGAUUGAAUUCGACUAUUCGCGGUGUUUCAAGUAUAUUCAGGUAUAUACGAGUAUAGUUAUCGAUUUUCAACGUUUAUUUUAAACGACACCAAUAACAAUAAUUUACCGUGCUCACUGAACAAAAUGCUCAAAAUUUUUGUAACAUUAAUGGGUUUAACGGCAAUGGCGGUGACCGUUUUCGGUCAGACGCCAGCGGACGGAGACCAGCUCCGUGCCAAAGGUAUACAAGGAUUUUGUUUUUCUUCGUAUGAACGAUAUAAUACAUUUUUUUUUUUAACACUACGCGACCGGUCGACCAAAUUGAUAAAUGUUGUGUUCAAUCUAAAUGUUAGUUUAUUUUGAUAUAUACUCCGCAGGCUGGAAUUCGAUGGCGGCCGGAAAACAUUCGUGCAACGGAUUUAACGGCCAGUCCGGCGUUUGUAUGGUCCAAAAUGAGUGCGCGAAAUUGAACGGCAAGUCCGUAGGCAAGUGUUUCCCGUACGGUUCGUGUUGUUCGGGUACGUCGAAAAGAUAAUAAACACAAUCAUUUUAAUAAUAAUAUAAUUUUUUCUCAAACGUUUCUCCUGAAAUUAUAUUUUUGAUACGAAACAUUUUCAAUAUAAACGGAAGGUAGGGGAGGGUGAAAUAAUAAUAACAACCUUGUAGGAAACGACAUAAAUAUUACGUCAAUAGUAUAGGCCAUAAUAAAGUCAAACAUGUCGAAUCUAAUUUGCAACUCGUAAAUUAAAAAUAAAAACAUUUUGAGAAAAAAACCAAACACAUGCCUAUAAUUUAUUAUAAUUUUGUAUUAAAAAAAAAUAUAUAUAUAUUUAUUAAAUGUACAUAGCAGUACGAUUUUCUAUGUUAAACAGUCGUGUCAGAAUCGUGUGGUGGGUAUUCGGAUUUAAGUACGUCGUAUUUCAAAAACCCUGACAAAUUCCAAGAAGUGUGCGUCUACAAGAUCAACAUCAAACAGAAGAUCUGUCAAAUCAGGUAUCUAAUAUACAAAUUCAUCAAAUACGCAUAGAUAAAAUAUUAUUAAAUAUACCUAUGAUAUAUUUUUUGUUUUUUAGAAUCGAUUUCGAACGAUUUUCACUCGGUCAACCAACCAAAUCGACCAAUCAAUCGGCUUACGCGUGUGAACAUGACGAGUUUACGGUGUUUUCAAACGAUAACACGAUAAUGAACUUGCCAGUUUUAUGCGGUGAAAACUCCGGUCAACACGGUAAAUGCGAUUUAGCUUUGGAACCAUAUAUUUACAUUGAUUUCCGAUUUGUCCGAUCUACAAAACAGUGUACGUGCCGUUGAACCCACACACGUCGUCGGACUUAAACGACAGACAACAGAUUACGUUAAGGUUCCGGUUGACUACCAGAGACGAUAAAUAUAACGAUCCGACGCCGUUUUGGAAGUUGAAAAUCUCACAGUUGGAAUGCACACCUACAAUCAUGCCGACUAAACGAUGGAAGAGUACAGAUGACGACGCAGUACGUCAAGUAAGCAGCUCGGAAGAAAAAGAAAACUCCAAGUAUAGUUUAGGUAAGAGCUUUUGAAAAUAGUAUUAGAUUUUUAAAUGACUGCUGUACAAUUUUUCCCUUCUUCGGUAUUGUCUUAACCCAGAGAUUAGCAUUAUUACAGCCUUUUCGCAUACUUCUUCCAUUCUUCUUUAUUACCUGUUAAUCUCUUUAACCCUUUCAUUACCACUGUCAAAUUUAAAUGGACCUGAAUUUUUAGUUAUAACUGUGAAGCAAUAUUUUAACUAAAUAAUUGAUUAAAUGAUUACUAUAUGAUGGUUUAAAUAUAAAUAAUUAAUUGAGUAAUCAAAGGAUUAAGUUUUCAUUGUUCCAAUAUUAGCACCAGCAAUGAUUUUUUUUUAUGAGUGUUAUUUGGAGGUGAUACCGAAAAGGUAGACUCUUCUGCCUUCAACUAAUUUUAGAUGCAAUAGUUCGCCAUAUCUAACACGUAGUUAUCUUUUUUCUUUAAUAUUCGCUUCUGACGAAUAAAUAAAGCUGAGGCGGCUAACAACAUGCUGUCUACUUGAUGGGCUAGUACUGCGGUGGUUUUUUUGUUUCUUAUCACAACGCACUUAUUAUUCUUACUUUUUCCCGUUCCUGGAUCCAUUUUAGUCACAUUUUAUGAACGGGCAUGGACCACCGAGAGUCUAUGCCUACCAAGAGUGUAUAUUCUGAUAUUUUGAAUUUAUGGGAAAAAAUGAUAAUGCACAUCCAAUAUUUAGCACCGGACGGAUGUUUACAAUACUUUACGGACGAGGACGGUUCUUUCGAAAGUUUCAACUACCACAAAGGACAGGGCCAUUAUUUGGGUAAUUUAAAUUACGCAGUGUGCUUCAAACGGAACGUCACGACGUGUGGAAUAAAGUAAGUAACCAUCAAGUUAUUGUUACCGCUGAUUUUCGAUUCGUUUAUUUUUUUUUUUUUUUCUUAAGUUUUAAUAAUUUUAUGUUAAUUUACAAUUUUUGAAACUUUGAAAAUAAUAAUUCAUAUAAAUUCAGAUUCGAGGCCGUCAAAUUUCAAAUGGCUUACAACCAGAAUCUCACCAGAUUUACCGAAAGAGACUGUGAUACAGCGAAAAUUAUUGCAGCAUCGCAAACAACUGAAGAUGUUCGGACGGCGGAAUCUCCGUCCGAGACGGAGACCGCACAUUUGCACAAUGAUUAUCUACUCAUACCGGACGGUCGUUACUCGGCCGAAAAACUAUUCGCAUCGAAAUACUGUGACGGAUCGCUCGAACAUAUCGACGACGUAAAAAGUAUGUUUAUCCGAUUUUUUUUAUUAAAUAAAUUUUCCCUUAUUAUACUUUACAAGUAGCUAAUAUUCAAAUUGAAUUAUCAAAAAUACAAAUAUAUAAAUGUCAACAUUCGAAUUUAAACAUUCAAUAUAAUCCGAAUAUUAUGAGAAUCCCGUAUUCGACGAUGUACGUAACUAAUUUCCGUACCGCGUUUUUAUUUUUCUUUAUUUCAGUUAAAACUCGAGGACCACUCUAUGUGGCGUUUAUCAGCGACGAUUACUCAAGUCCAGAUGAAGACGUCGAAAUAGGAUAUAAGAUAAACUAUUCGAUAAUGAACACCGGUUGUUAAUAAUUACAAUUUUUUAUAUUAUAUUCUAAAUAAAAUAUUUUCUUUGCAAUAUAUUUAUUCAAUAAAAAAAAAUAUAU